UCAAACUUUAGUUCUAUCGAAUUUGAUAAUGUUCUAAUUUGUUUUUACAGAUUUUCAUGGUUGAUUCUUGUGUAGUCCCCAGUGGUGGUAAUCAGCAGUGAUUAUAACUAGAACAGAUCUUCUGUUGUUUGUCACAGUAGUGUAUGCUCAUAAUAACAUUGGUGUUAUUGUUAUCAUCUUCAUUCCUAGUUUCAAAAGUCGUUUGAAACAUCGGUAGUCCAUCCAUCUAUUUUCAUUAUCAACAAAGAUUUCCCUUUCUCCUAAAACUUGGUUCCUGGUGUCAUCAUGUAUUCAGCUAGAUUUACUCAGUGGAAUAGCAGAUUACCUCUUCUGGUUUCGGCGAUUUCAUUAAUCCGUGAUUAUAGCCAUAAUAAUGAGAAACUCUCCAACUUUCUCUCAUUAAAAAUUUCCGGUGAAACUGUCAAACCAAAAUCACGGAAAUAUUUAUGGAAACAAGAAAAUCCUCGUACUGUCCAAGACUUUUAUAACCCAAUUAGAUAUCCGUCUAAAAACAUAAUCCUUGAAACUCCUAGACAAACAAAAAACAACUCUUCUCUCUGUCAUAACCAUUGUUGGAAGAUGGCUACUCAAAAUAGUCGUACAGAAAAUCUCAAUUCAAGGAUGCAAUCUGCAAAUAUUGGGAAUAGCUCAACAAGGCCAAUAAGAAGAAUCAUUGCUGCUGCUCAAAAUGCUUCUGAUGCUGUUGAGGAAUAUACUUUUAGCUUGUUGGGUAGAAUCAUUUUCAAAAAACCUCUGGAUCAUGAAGAUGUGAAAAAAGAAAUCAAUUUCCGGUGGAGAAGCUACAGGAGGUAUCAAAUUAUUACUAAAGGGACCAAUUUGUUCCUAUUUCGAUUCCAACAAAGAGAAUCCUGUGAUGGAGUGCUUGCAAAAACAUGGGAUGUAUUGGGUCAUCUGUUGUCUCCUAUAAGGUAUGACCCUAACAUACCAAUCAAUGAUCGUCAAUUCAUCCAUCAUAUCUGGAGUGUGAAGCUAAGAAACUUGGGGAGUAUCAUUUUGAAUGAACAUUUAAUUAAUGAAAUAUGUAAGGAUAUUGGGAAGAGAGUUAUACCAGAAGGAAGGAGAAGGCUACCAAGAGGUAGUGUGACUAAUACUGUGUAUGUUGAGGUAAAACUCAAAGAACCAUUGAGGAGAGGGGGUUGGAUAGAUACACCUAAUGGACAAAGACUUUGGGUCAUUUAUCACUAUGAGAUGCAACCAUACAAGAUCUGUAAGGAAUGCUGGGUAGUUGAUCAUGAAGAAGCUGCCUGCAAAAGACUAGCUCAAGAGUAGAAAGUGAAAGCAAUGACAGGUGAGGAAUACGUUGUUUGGAGUCAAACAGAUGAAUACAUAACUAUUUCGGGUGCGGAUUUAAUGGAUGGAGGGGCUGAAAUAGAAGCGGGUGCCAUUAGUAAUUCUAUAGCAAACAUGUCUUCUAGACUUCUACUGCUAGAGAAGAAUCGGUCUCAGAACUAGAUGAAAUGGAGGAGUAUGAUUUGAGAAGGAGUAAGAGAACAAGAGAAGAAGGGCCGACAACAAAUCCAACAUCAAAUCUUCUCAAUUCAAUCAAUACCCAUAUUAAUCCCAUUUACCAAACUACAAACAAUAGUUUUGGGGAAUCUACUGAUUUUGAUAUCCAUGAAGAGAAUAGGAUGGAAUACCAGCAAAAUUAUGUUGAAGAAAACACUGUAAGAGCAUUUGAUAGCGCAGAAUUUGUUCAUGGAGGGCUGACUACACAGAAUCACCAUGUAAAUUCUGCUAAUCAUCAUCAUCAGGUACAUUCCUUGGGGCAUGAUGUAUCCCGUGAGUAGCGGACGAUGAGGAACAAGCUGAGGCUAAAGCAGCAUUGGAGGCAAUCAAGUGGGCGAAAUCAGAAAACAUUCAGAGGCUGCAUCUAGAAGGAGAUUGCUUGAAUGUAGUUUUGGCUAUAAAUGGUAGAGUAGGAUCCCUUAGAUGGACAAAUAAUUCCAUUAUCAUGGAUUGUAAGGAAAUAUUAAGUAGUUUUUCUAGUUGGGUGUGUGUUUAUGUGCCAAGAGAUACGAAUGAAGUAGCUCAUUGCCUAGCAAAAGAAGCUAGGCAUAGUAGUAGUUCUAUUUUCUGGAGGGAUGAUUUCCCUGAAUAGUUGGAAACUCUCUGCCGAGAGAAAUCUAUGUUGGUUUUAGUUGAAUUAAUAGAGUAUGUUUUCCUAUUAAAAAAAAAA